CGAAUGUCCCACACGUGGUGAUAGCCCUCCAUCUGGCGUCUAACAAUAAAACUAUCAAUUACUUAAGGGAUUUAAGCCGAAUUUCUAGUUCAACCACACGAGGAAACGUCAGGAAACAUUUUCUCUAUUUGAAUGCAGAGAGCCAGAGAGAAACAGAGGAGAAAGAAAGAACUGGCUUAAAACGAAAUACUUGGAUUCUGUUUAGCAACAAGUUUGAGGACCUCGAAAGUCGAAACUGGGGAUAAUAUUUGGGCAAAACAUAAAAUUGAUUAGAGGAUUUACGAGUUUCUAUAUAAUUUGUUUUAAAUUUGAAGUUGAAUUGCUUUUGGGUUUUUGUGGGCUAUUAAUAUGACGCGUCAUGCCAGAAAUUCCACGGCAGGAAGUGUAUAUACCUAUCACGAAAAAAAAAGAGAUGCUAAAGCCUCUGGGUAUGGAUCUCUUUCAGAAAGAUUUAGCAAAGAUUCUAUCAAAGGAUUUGAUUGUUGUUCACUAACUCUGCAACCCUGUAGAAAUCCAGUUGUGAGCCCUGAUGGAUAUUUAUUUGACAAAGAAGCCAUUUUAGAAUACUAUCUUGCCAAGAAAAAAGAAAUCCUCAGACAACAGAAAGAAUAUGAAAAACAAAACAAGCGUGAGGAGAAUGAAAAAAAUGAACUUAAAGCUGCAGCCCAUCGCAGUCAAGUGGAGAAAUUUAUUGGUGAGAAUCGAAAAAUUAUUACUAGUUCCAACUCAAAAUUAUGUUUCUUAAUACUUAUAGCAACUGAGAAAGGUGAUGGCUUACCUGGCAGCAACCCAUCUACUAGCAGUUCUAGUCUGUCCAACAUGUCUGGAAAUAAAGCAAAGGAUUUGCCAAGUUUUUGGGUCCCAGCUAUGACUCCUGAUGCAAAACCAGUUAUAAUUCCAAAACCAUCUACAGAUAUUUACUGCCCGGUCAGCGGAAAAAUGUUAAAAAUCAAAGAUCUGAUUGAUGUAAAGUUUACGCUGGCCCCGAAGGAUGACGACGAACGUGGAAAAGCUCUCAUAAGUCGCCAAGUGCGUUAUAUGUGCCCUAUCACCAGAGAUAUUCUUAGCAAUUCGGUUCCAUGCACCAUUCUGAAACCAACCGGUGAUGUUAUUACCACAGAAUGUUUCGAAAAACUGAUCAAAAAGGACAUGGUUCACCCUCUUACAGGAUUAAAAUUAAAAGAAAAGGACAUAAUACCUUUGCAGAGGGGUGGGACUGGUUUUGCAAGUGUUAACGACAAACUUGAGGCCACUGAAGCUAGACCUAGCAUGAUGGCAUAGUUUUGUCUAAAAAAUUCUUCGACCUAAUCAGGUUUUUCAAUUAAUCGUACAAUUUUCGUUUGUAUCACCAAUAAAAUUCUGUCUCGUUA